AUGACGAAGUCUUCUCGUCGGAAGACGCCCGGCUCAACACCGGCCUCAUCGGGAACUUCAACCCCCAGCUCAGUGACUGGCCCGAUCCCUCCAUUCAACAAGAUUCCGGCCAUACUCAAACCCUUUGUCGAGCCUCUGUCCUCGGAGGAAGUAUACCUGGUACACAUCGACACGACCGCAACAGAUCUGAAAUGGCAGACCUUUAUCGUUCCCGCUGCGGUGAACGUCGUGGUGGCCAUCGUGGUCGGACUACGUGUCUAUAUGGGCAUCAGCACCUACCCAGCCAUGUUAAUGAUGCUGCUAGGGAUGGAGAGUUCCCUGAGCGUGGACACAGCCAUAACUCCGUGGACCGAAAUAGCAAAGAUCAUCCUCAAGCGGAUAAGCGCCGUCCUGAUCGACUACUUCCUCGUCACUUUGUUCCUGACCUGGCCGAUUUAUUUCAUAAUAGGACCGGUGCGCUGGCGCCGCGCGGUGGGCUUUCGGGACCGUGAGAUCAUCGUUCGCCGCAGCCACCGCAACUGGAGCCGCAAGCUCGAGCGCAACAAGUGGAUUCGCGACAACGAAGCUAUGCGCGACAAGAUUGUCGCGGCUGUUACGCCGGAGCGCGUCGGCAAGACAGGGUACUUACUGGUGGAUGAGGACUGGAAUUUGGACUACAGCGCAAUGGUGCGAGCGCACGCCCUGGUUGAUUUGACUCGCAAGGGCGAGGGCGUGCAGCUCGAUGAGUUCCGUACGGCCGUGCUCGUCCAUACUGAUGCGGAUGGCUGGCUGAUCUGGCGUGUCGAGGACGAGAACACGCCUCAACGUUCUGCGCAGAGAGAUCAGAUCCUCGCCUUCAGAGAUAAACUCACGGCUAUGGGCAAAGAGGACCUGUUCUUCCGCUGGGUGGAGCUUGUCCAGUGGGAGAGCUCACAACCCGGUGGGUUCACGCCUGAGAGGCAGCGUUCUGCGAUGUUGCAAGCCAAGCAAAUGUUCGAGGAGGAGAAUGUGGAGUUUGGUCAAUUCUGGGAUGAUCUAGGUGGCAUGGCUGGCGUUGACGAUGUGUCCUCAUGA